GAGGCCGCGGCAGACAAACGCCGAGGCUGGUUUUUCCCGCGAAAGUCGGCUUCCUCUAGCAGGGCGGAGGUUCGUGCGGCGCGCCACUGCGAGAUACAGUCAUGUCCGGCUUCGACGAUCCCGGCAUUUUCUACAGCGACAGCUUCGGUGGCGACCCCGGUGCUGAAGAGGGCCAGGCCCGCAAGUCGCAACUGCAGAGGCGCUUCAAGGAGUUCCUUCGACAGUACCGAGUGGGCACCGAUCGCACGGGCUUCACCUUCAAGUACAGGGAUGAACUCAAACGGCAUUACAACCUGGGUGAAUACUGGAUUGAGGUGGAGAUGGAGGACCUGGCCAGCUUUGACGAGGAACUGGCAGAUUACUUGUAUAAACAGCCAGCCGAGCACCUGCAGCUGCUUGAGGAAGCUGCCAAGGAGGUGGCUGAUGAGGUGACCCGGCCCCGGCCUGCUGGAGAUGAGCUGCUCCAGGACAUCCAGGUCAUGCUCAAGUCAGAUGCCAGCCCAUCCAGCAUUCGGAUUCUGAAGUCAGACAUGAUGUCACACCUGGUGAAGAUCCCUGGUAUCAUCAUCUCAGCCUCUGCAGUCCGUGCCAAGGCUACCCGUAUCUCCAUUCAGUGCCGCAGCUGCCACAACACCCUCACCAAUAUUGCCAUGCGCCCAGGCCUAGAGGGCUAUGCCCUUCCCAGGAAGUGCAAUAUGGAUCAGGCUGGGCGCCCAAAGUGCCCACUGGACCCAUACUUCAUCAUGCCUGACAAGUGCAAGUGUGUGGACUUCCAGACUCUAAAACUGCAGGAGCUGCCUGAUGCAGUCCCUCAUGGUGAGAUGCCCAGGCACAUGCAGCUUUAUUGUGACAGGUACCUGUGUGAUAAAGUUGUUCCUGGGAACAGAGUCACCAUUAUGGGCAUUUAUUCCAUCAAGAAGUUUGGCUUGAACCCCAGCAAGGGCCGGGACAGAGUGGGUGUGGGCAUCCGGAGCUCCUACAUCCGGGUGCUGGGCAUUCAGGUGGACACAGAUGGCUCUGGCCGCAGCUUUGCUGGGUCUGUCAGCCCACAGGAAGAGGAGGAAUUUCGUCGCCUGGCUGCCCUCCCAAACAUAUAUGAGCUUGUCUCCAAGAGCAUUUCCCCCUCCAUCUUUGGGGGCAUGGAUAUGAAGAAGGCCAUUGCCUGCCUGCUUUUUGGGGGUUCCCGGAAGAGGCUCCCAGAUGGACUCACUCGCCGAGGUGAUAUCAACUUGCUGAUGUUGGGGGAUCCUGGUACAGCCAAGUCUCAGCUUCUGAAGUUUGUGGAGAAGUGCUCUCCUAUUGGGGUAUACACAUCUGGGAAAGGCAGCAGUGCUGCUGGCUUGACUGCCUCAGUGAUGCGGGACCCCUCAUCUCGAAACUUCAUCAUGGAAGGUGGAGCCAUGGUUCUGGCCGAUGGUGGGGUUGUCUGUAUUGAUGAGUUUGACAAAAUGCGGGAAGAUGACCGUGUAGCAAUCCAUGAGGCUAUGGAGCAGCAGACCAUCUCCAUUGCCAAGGCUGGGAUCACUACCACCUUGAACUCUCGCUGCUCUGUUCUGGCUGCAGCUAACUCAGUGUUUGGCCGAUGGGAUGAGACAAAAGGGGAGGACAAUAUUGACUUCAUGCCUACCAUCUUGUCCCGAUUCGACAUGAUCUUCAUUGUCAAAGAUGAGCACAAUGAGGAGAGGGACAUGAUGCUGGCCAAGCACGUCAUCACUCUGCAUGUGAGUGCACUGACACAGACACAGGCUGUGGAGGGUGAGAUCGACCUGGCUAAGAUGAAGAAGUUCAUUGCUUACUGCCGAGCGAGGUGUGGACCUCGGCUAUCAGCAGAGGCAGCAGAGAAGCUGAAGAACCGCUACAUCAUCAUGCGGAGUGGGGCUCGUCAGCAUGAGAGGGACAGCGACCGUCGGUCUAGCAUCCCCAUCACUGUGCGGCAGCUGGAGGCUAUUGUGCGCAUUGCUGAGGCCCUCAGUAAGAUGAAACUGCAGCCCUUUGCUACUGAGGCUGAUGUAGAGGAGGCGUUGAGGCUGUUCCAGGUGUCCACACUGGAUGCUGCUUUGUCUGGCAACCUGUCUGGAGUGGAGGGCUUCACUACCCAGGAGGACCAGGAGAUGCUGAGCCGCAUUGAGAAGCAACUCAAGCGACGUUUUGCCAUAGGCUCCCAGGUGUCUGAACACAGCAUUGUCCAGGACUUCACCAAACAGAAAUAUCCAGAGCAUGCCAUCCGAAAGGUGCUGCAGCUCAUGCUACGCAGGGGUGAGAUCCAACACCGCAUGCAGCGCAAGGUGCUCUAUCGCCUCAAAUGAGCCCGCUGCCCGUCAACCCUCAAACCUGCAAUGUGCAAAUCACCCCACCUCCCACUCAGUGCUCUUGCACUGCUCCAAACCUUUUUCCCUGCCUCUCCGCCACAGACUGCUGUCUGCAACACAUCUACAGCCCCUGGAAAUGUGCUUUGGUCUAUUGGCCUCAUGUACUGUGUUUGGGUGUCUGAGGGGGCUCUCUGCUCUGGGUGCCUAGCCCCUGUCAUGCCUCCUCAACAAGAUGAAUCUGAAGCAGGAACAGGCCCUGGUUGUAGACGGGUCUGUAUAUUGGCUCCCAGGCCACUGACUGCUAAGGUUCUUCGUGUGUACAGAAGAAAUGUCCCUGGCUGCUAAGGACAGUGGAGCCAGUGUGACAGUAGUACUGUGUGGGGUACAAGGUUGACUCAGAUCAUUUCAGCAGCACCUGAUGUGAGAACUGGAUUAUUCAGUGAGCUGUCUAUACUUCAAUUUCCUAAUCUGUAAACAAAUUUGACGAAGCUGAGCUCAGUGAGUGAAUGGCUGUCAGUGAAAUCCCAAGCAGGCUGUAAUGUAGAAAGUCUCCAGGGCUUUAUUUACAGCAAGUGGGCCUCAGUGGUAUGUGUAUCACUGGGGGAGGAACCUGACUUCAGGGUUUUAUCAGUAAAGGAGCUGUGAGGACCUGGCCCACCUUCAGCGUGGUAGGUGGUAUUAGUGACAUUGUUAAAGGAAGACACCCCAACACCUUUUAUUACCAAAAUGCUGAAAACUGCUUUUAGAAAUCUAGAAUUUACAAAAUUAAGGAAAAGUCAGUGAAAUAAAGUUUGUUAUUUAAAGUA